AUGGUAGAUCUCGCCGCAGCCGCGAGUCCCUUGCCCUCUCUGGGCGCCGCUGGAGCAGCAGCCGCGAAAAUCGCGACCGCCGCGCCUAUUAUUAUUGCGAACAAUGGCAUCAACUAUGAAGAAACCACGACCGGAGGCGCGGUACAAUACAACGACCUGCGUGACCCCUUCUUCGCCUCCAUCUUCCCCGUCUGCUACGCCCUCGCCGCGACGACAGUAACAGCAUACAUGCUUGUGAUCAUGCUUUUCAUUACUCCCCGAUCAUUUCUUGACGGUGGAGUGGUAUAUCUCGGCCGACGCGGGUUUACGAGUGGUGGAACAUCGAAUGGAAUCAGCAUCGGAGGUCGACCAUGGCUGCAGAAGGUGGCCGCCGUCACCGUUGCAAUUUCUCUCACCAUAGCAAGCGCCGAUACGUUUAAAGUUGCCGAGCAGCAGUACCAGUGGUCAAUUCAAGACGCCAAAAAGAUGCAGUCGGAGGUUAUGGACGGAACCGAACUGAAAGUCAUUCGCCUCAUUUCAGACACCUUUUUGUGGCUUGCACAAGCCCAAACUCUCAUCCGACUCUUCCCACGUCAGCGGGAAAAGGUUAUUAUCAAGUGGACUGCCUUUGCGCUGAUUACGUUGAACCUCAUCUUCAGCGCCUUGAACAGCUUCCAGUAUCCCACCAGCGGAAGCAAUGGCAACGCCCGUCCACGAAGCUUCGUGGACGCCGUUCCCGCUCUCAGCUACCUAUUUCAACUGUCCCUCGGCCUGUUAUACGCCGCAUGGGUCAUUUACUAUUCACUUAUGAAGAAGCGAUACGCCUUCUACCAUCCCUUGAUGAAGAACAUGAUUCUGGUCUCUACACUAUCACUCUUCGCCAUCCUUGUCCCAGUCGUUUUCUUCGUACUGGAUAUGGCACAGCCAGAAUUCGCUGUCUGGGGAGACUACGUUCGCUGGGUCGGUGCUGCAGGCGCCAGUGUCGUGGUUUGGGAAUGGGUAGAGAGGAUUGAGGCAUUGGAAAGAGAAGAGAAGAAGGACGGUAUUUUAGGACGCGAGAUUUUCGACGGCGAUGAAAUGCUGGAAGUCUCGGCGUCUGAGUUCCCAUGGCUUAGGAGGAGAAAGAACAGAAACGGUGGUAGGGACGGUGACGGUGGCGAAGACGGACCUCAGGGUGGUUCUGGCGCUCAAGGUCCUUCCUCGGCCGAGCGAGGCAACCUUUGGCCAGGCAUGACACAAAUCGCCUCCAGAUAUCGCUCUAACCACGCCCACACCAACUCGGGAACAAACAAUCAAGGCGGCCAGAGAUCAAAGGGCGGUCUGUUGCGUCCGCCCAUGUGGCCCUCUCGGCCCGCACCCGCGGUGACGCCCGUCAGCCGUACAGACACAGCCAGCGCAGCGAGCACCGUAUAUGCCGUAAGAUAUCAGCUGCCUUCAGAGACAACUUCACGGACACCCGAGGCAGUCAUCCGAGCUGCGAACCAAAGAAACGCUGCAGCUGCCGUGUCGAGGAGUAACUCGACAUCAUCUAGGAGCGAAUCGACAACGAGUGACGACGAGCUCUCAAUGGCAGCGCCCGUGCCAAGACAAGCAACGCACAAGACCGUUGAAAUCGACACAGAGGCCCAGGAGGACAUGACAGAGAAGAACCGCAAUGGAUGGAGAUCCUUAGUGGCCAAUCCACUAUUCCGCCGCACUGCUCGCGAUCCACCAGCCGAGGUGAUGGCCCACACCGAGUUAAAGCCCGAGGUGCGUGGAGGUCACGAUGAUGCGGGUAGAUGGGAUCUCCGGGCUCGUUUGGAGGACUUUGCUGCGACGCAGGCCGAGAAGAUCAGAGAGAAGAUGCGACCAACUCCCGAGACAGAUAGCCUUCCGGUGACUGUCAUUCCUGCGCCACCAAGACAGGGAGCGGCACUGGCCCAACUAUUGGAAGAGGAGCAAGACCAGGAGCAACCGGGUCUCAGCAGAACCAUUAGCGACGCCUCUGCACUCUCGCCUCAAGCUGCGGCUGGUCUGGGAAGGACGCAAAGCAAUUUCUCUCGUCGGUCCCCUGCCGCAGGUCAAAGUCAAGAGCCUGCCACUCUUCAGCUCAGCAGACCACCUCUCUGGCCUGGAGUAAGAACUCAACAUCAGGACUUUGAGCCGCAUUCACCAAAUGCGCCGCCUACGCCCUGA